GAGACACAGGAAGUGAAAGAUAAGUAGAAAGAGAAAAAAAGAUGCCUCAGACUCCUUCGACUAGGUGGUGCCCAACCCCAGAGCAGCUGAUGAUACUAGAGGAGAUGUACAGAAGUGGGGUUAGGACACCAAAUGCUGCCCAGAUACAGCAGAUAACGGCCCAUCUCUCAUACUACGGGAAGAUUGAGGGCAAAAAUGUGUUCUACUGGUUCCAGAACCACAAGGCAAGGGACCGGCAGAAGCUACGCCGGAGGCUCAGUCGGCAGCAGCAACUGCACCACCAGCUCCACCAGUCAGAAGAUGCUGCUCCUCCUCCCUCCCCUACACUCCAACACCACAUGCCUCCUCACUUCCUUCAUCAGGAGGCAACAGCCCAAGGUAUGGAUUUGGUUGGCAAGUUGGAGGCUGUUGGAACUGAAGAAGAAGACCCGAUGACGAGUGCUAUGGGGUUUGAGCAUGAAUGGAUGGCAACGAUGAGUGUUGGCUCACCUGUUUCUCCAUGCUUCAGGCCUCUGAAAACUCUCGAUCUCUUCCCUGUCAAAAGCACCAGUCUCAAAGAUGAAUGCAGCCCCUCCAAGUCCUCUUCAUGCUCCACGUCCACCAACUAACUGCAACUAGCUCCAUGCCUCUUAACUACUUCUCUAGGUCUUUGUGCCUGCCUUUAGUUCCUCAAUCAUGUAUCAUUUUUAGUCCUUUUCACCUUCUUCUAUGCU